CACACCCACCACUUUCAAAAAUCACAAACUGUCUCUCAUUCUCAAUCUCAUUCCUUUUCUCUGUCGUUUUUAAUCUUUCACUGUCGUUUUGUUUUAGUACUACUACUCACAUUACAAUGCCGAGGAAAAGUAAUGACGUGGCAGGGCGAGCUUGGAACAUCCUCCGUUUAGCGCUGUUAUGGGCGAGGAAAGGCGGAGUGUUUAAACGGCGUUUGAUGACGGAGCUCCGUUUGUUACCGAAACUCAUGAAGAGUAUCGGCCACGACACUCCCAAGGACAGAAUCCGUUACGGCGAGCGCCAGCUAUCGUUCGAUAAGACCCCGAUUUUCCCGGCCAUAAAGAUUAACGGAUCUUCGUCGAUGAGACACUUCCACAUCCCUUGCCUGAACCCGCCCACAGUAGAUUUCGACUACGACUUUGACGGUCAAGACGACGACGUUUAUUACGGAGGCUAUUGUAAAAAUAACAGUAAUAAUGAUGAUAAAGAAAAUGAUGGUGGUAGAAAGAGUUUUCUGAUCAAGGGUGGAGAUGGUGAUGUUAAUAAUGAUGAUAAUGAAUUUGUACCGUACGAUCAGGAAGAGAAUAUUGAUACGAAGGCAGAGGAGUUCAUAACGAAGUUUUAUCAACAGAUGAAAAUGCAAAGACAGAUUUCUUAUUUGCAGUACAACAAUGAGACUAUUACCACAACUCCCAGAAGAAGCAUUUGUUAAGUUUUUAUUGUUACUAAUAUUAUUUUUGGGUUGAGGAGGGUAUUAUUGUUAUGUUUUUAUUAUUAUUGCGGCAUUUUGUAGAUAUACUUCAUUAUUAUUAUUUUUAAUAAUAAUGAUAAAAAUGUAGAGAGAAUAAAUAAUGUUUUUUUUUUUUAUGUUCAAUCGAGUUUAUGUUUCGUAAAGAUCAAAGUCUCCAACAGAAGAAAUUAUGAUAGAAAAAGGUUAUGAUUUGGUUGGUUAAUUUGGUGUUGGAUUGGAAUUGGAAUUGCACUGACAUUAUUUUGUUUUUGGUUGGGACGUUAAAUUUGACAGCUCAUAUAAUAAUAUAUAAUAUGUUAUUUGAAAUGUUAAUAGGAUGGUCACCUUCCAAUUUAAUAUAAAAUGUUACUCAUUUUAAUUUAAUAAAAUAAGUAAAUAGCAUUAUAAAUACUUAUAAUUUUAUGUUUAUGUUUGUAAGUGGCAUAAAUCAAAUAUUUAUUUUUAACAGCAUAAAUACUCAUUAUUU